CCGUGUGCGACCGCUGUGUCUGCUGUGUCCGUUUUGUGGAACGGGAUAAUCGAAAGCACCGUUCGUCGCACGGUGUUUCGUGCUGUGUGUGUCCUCGUUGUCUCAAGCGUGCACAAAAGUGUUCUGCCCUACGGCAUAGACUGACCCCGCAUCGGGGUUGAUUUUCCGUUCGAAAGUGGAGUGGUCUUCCGGCAGCGCAGCGAAGCGGAAUGCCGCUCGAAUAUCUGCAAAUGUUUGUUUAUCUGCUGCACAAAUCGAAGUAUCGAAGAAAAUGUGGCCCACCACCUACGGUGGCGGACCUUUGGCGUGUUGCACUGGUGCUGCUAGUUUUAUCGUGCCACCUGGGCCCUACCGUCGUAUCGUGCCAAGGUUUGGCCGGGAUGCCCGAUUCCGCCAGCCGAUGCGCGGAUGUACGCUGCAUGAACGGUGGUGUCUGCAAAAACGGAACCUGUCUCUGUCCGGACGGCUGGCAAGGGUCCGAGUGCCAAUUCUGCGGUGGUAAGGUUAGACUGACGGAUCCAUCAGGCAGCAUCCAUGAUGGGCUCGGUAACUAUUCGAUCGGUGUCAAAUGCAGCUGGUUGAUCGAUGCCCGCGAACACAACACCAUCACCGAUAAGGUGUCGAACGUUGGUCCCACCCAACCAUCCGUAAUACGGCUCCAUCUGGAAGAGUUCGCCACCGAAUGUGGCUGGGACCAUCUGUACGUGUACGACGGUGACUCCGUCGAAUCGCCGCUGCUGGCCGUAUUUAGCGGAUUGAUGUAUCGGAAAAAUUUCACCAUCCGCCGAAUACCGGAAGUGUUUGCCCACUCCGGUUCGGCCCUGCUACACUUUUUCAGCGAUGAUGCGUACAAUAUGUCGGGCUUUAACAUUUCCUACCAAGUGAACGCUUGCCCCACGAACGAUUCAUCGCUCAGCUGUUCGGGCAAUGGCGAUUGCUGGAAUGGGGUGUGUAGCUGCAACAAUGGGUUUACCGGUGCUGCCUGUAACAUUCCCCGGUGCCCGAACUAUUGUUCCGCCCAUCUCGGCCACGGUGUGUGUGACAAGAAGCAGCAACGGUGUGUCUGCAGCGUUGGCUACACGGGGAACGAUUGUUCGCAAACGAUCGCCCACGGUUACUGGACGGCGAUCGAUGCCGGCGAAACGGAAGGCUUUACACCGCCGGGCAGUGCAUCGCACGGAGUAGCUGUUUUUCACGACACACUGUACGUAAUUGCGGGCGAAAGUUACGGCAAAGCGGAAGCCCUGCUGUAUAUGUACGAUUUCAAUGGGAAGGUUUGGGAAACGGCCCACACGGAGAGUAAGCCGGUACCGGAGCUACGGUACGGUGCGUCAACGGUCAUCUUUGGCGACAAGAUAUUCAUGUACGGUGGAGUGAUCGAGGGCAAAGGUGUGUGCGGCGAGCUGUGGGCGUUCGAUGUGAGUGCAAAGAUAUGGGAAAACAUCACCGUGAAAUCGGAACAGUGCAACGAAACGUACGAGAUGUGCGGACCACUCCGUUCAGCCGGACAUACGGCUACAAUCGUGACGAACUACGAUCAAAGCGGUGCGGGUGGAAAGAAGAUACUGUCCGGUGGUGGCAGUUCGCAGAAGAUGGUGGUCCUAUUUGGCCAUUCGCCACAGUUUGGGUACCUGAACACGGUGCAGGAGUUUAACUUUGGGACCCGCGAAUGGAAGAUAGUACCGACGCGCGGUUACCCGGUAAAGGGUGGUUACGGCCAUUCGGCUGCCUACGAUCCGCUUCGGGAACGUAUCUACGUGUACGGUGGCAUCGUAUCGGAGAGUGAUAGUUCGCAGUUGCUAAGCAACAAACUGUUCAGCUACGAGCCACACGAGCGUCUGUGGACGUUGCUGGAGACAGCGCCUACUGCGCGCUUCUUACACACGGCCAAUUUCCUUACACCCGGCCUGAUGAUGGUAUUCGGCGGUAAUACACACAACGAUACUUCGCACAGCUUCGGAGCGAAAUGUUAUUCGCGCGAUCUGAUGGUUUACGAUGUGCUGUGCGACUCGUGGCACACGCAACCCAUGCCGGAUGAUCUCUACGCCGACCUGGCGCGGUUUGGCCAUUCGGCAGCAGUGUUUGAGCGGUCACUGUACAUCUACGGUGGGUUCGAUGGGCAGAUGAUAAACGACAUACUGAAGUUCACACCGGGCGAAUGCCAAGCGUUCAAUCGAACGGAGCAAUGUCUUAAUACGCGACCGGGUGUAAAAUGCGUUUGGGAUAUACAAAAGAACAAAUGCAUGCCGGCGGCGGCGGUUCAGCGCGAUCGAUUGUUCGACCGUGAUCAGGAAGGUUUGGAGGUGUGCCCCAAGAAGAGCCGGCUCGUGCUAACACAACAGGAGCUGAUGGAUUACGAGCUGUGCAGUCAGCUGACGACGUGCCAGGGUUGCGUAUCGACCGCGUACGGUUGUAUGUUCUGCGGCAUUGGCAAUGGGAAGGGUAUCUGCGUGAAGGAGAAAUGCCCGGACGUGUCGUACACGUUUCGGGCCGAUUUCUAUCCCACCAAGGCACUGAAGGACUGUCCGGAUAAUGAUGAGCAUGUGUGUGCGCAGCUGCACGGAUGUCACGCCUGUACGGCGGUGAGCGUUUGCCACUGGGACUACGAGCAUAGCAAGUGUCAGUACAGCCGGAACAAGUCGGGCGAUGCGCUGAACGAUGCCUGUCCGCCGGCCUGUUCUGUGCUGACGUCUUGCGGUAAUUGCACACAGGAGGAAUGCAUCUGGUGCCAGAAUGAGCAGCGGUGCGUGGACAAGAAUGCGUACACUGCCAGCUUUCCGUACGGACAGUGUCGCGAAUGGACGACGGGUUCAAGUAAGUGUCGGGCGGCAAGUAGCGGCAAAAGUCAGUGCGGUUUCUAUCGCACCUGUGCCCAGUGCCGGGAUGAUCCUGCCUGUGGCUGGUGUGACGAUGGUUCCAUGACCGGGCUGGGUAAGUGUCUGCCGGGUGGUGACAGUGGAGCACACGAAGAGACCGAAUGUCCGGCUCAGCGCUGGCACUUUACGCACUGUCCCAGCUGUCAAUGUAAUGGCCACAGUACCUGUCCCGAUUCGAAGACGUGCAAGCAGCCCUGUAACGAUCUGACGAUAGGCACGAACUGCGACAAGUGUAAGUCGGGCUACUGGGGCAACCCGGUCAACGGAGGCAUCUGCCAGAAGUGUGAAUGUAACGGACAGGCUCAGUACUGUCACAGCGAGACGGGCAAGUGCUUCUGCAGCACCAAGGGGCUGGCGGGUGAUCAUUGUGAAAAGUGUGACGCAACCAACCACUACCAUGGUGAUCCGAGUCGUGGAUCGUGCUACUACGAUCUGACGAUCGACUACCAGUUUACGUUCAAUCUGUCGAAGAAGGAAGAUCGCCACUUUACGCAGAUUAACUUCCGCAACUCGCCGGUCAAGCCGGAUAUCGAUGCCGACUUUACGAUCACGUGCAGUGUGGCGGCACGGAUGAAUAUCACCAUCCGAACGGCUGGUGGCAUCGAGAAGCCACUCUUUUCGGCCGUUAACUGUUCCACGUUUCGGUACCGAUUCUCCAAGGCUGAACAUCAGUUCGGUAUCGAGGACAAUGUGACACUGACGACGUUUUACGUGUACGUGUACGACUUUCAGCCACCGCUCUGGAUACAGAUUGCGUUUUCGCAGUAUCCCAAGCUGAACUUACAGCAAUUCUUCAUCACCUUCUCAACAUGUUUCCUUUUGCUCCUCGUCAUGGCGGCCAUCCUGUGGAAGAUUAAGCAACAUUACGACAUGUUCCGGCGGCGGCAGCGACUGUUUGUGGAAAUGGAACAGAUGGCGUCGCGACCAUUUUCGCAGGUUUUGGUCGAGAUCGAAAGUAGAGAGUACAACGAGCUAUCGCCCGCGGUAGAAAAUAUUACUGCUGCACCGCGGAAACGUAAAAAGGACUCACCCAGCCCUAUCGCACUGGAGCCAUGCGAAGGCAACAGGGCAGCAGUUCUUUCGCUUCUAGUCCGGCUGCCAACGGGUGGCCUUCAGCAUUCUCCUCCUGGUCAAUCGGCAGGUCUUGCCGUCGCAAGUGCAUUAGUAACGUUAGGGAACCCACGACGCUCGUCGAUAGAACAUCCGAAGGAACCUAAGACUAAGCGUAAGCAGAGCCAACACCCUGAUAGUUGUAUAUAAAUAUAAUGUCUACGUAUAUCCAUCUGGCGGGCAACCAAACGCAUUAUGCCCCCGUAUCCAGUUGGUCCGUUUGUUGGAGCUAGAGUCAUGGCAUGGCAUGGCCAUGCCUGUGUUGCUGAACCUCGAUAGAUGACCCAUCGGGCAUCUCGUGCAUAGCCCAACAGGGACAACAGAUACAGAAAGUGAUGAACACAAAAACGAAGCUUUAUCGGUAAAGCGAAUGGUAACUGGGCAUUGGGCGUAGUGUGAAGCGUUGCGAGCAAUGUAAGCAAAAUAAGCGAGCAUAACAAAGCCGAGAUAGAACUCUUGCAAGCCUGGAUAAAAAUACAGAGUCUGAGACUAGGUACACACGACUGCGCGCGUGGUUUACAAUAAUGCUAAUAAUUAAUUACACUACCAAUAAUAAUAAUAAUGAUAAUCCCGAGAACAGCAGAACAGCACCCAGAAAGCUGCGGAACGUAAAAUAUGCGAGUGUUACGCACUAGGCCUGAAUUACUUUGUGCUACCUUUGGUUAAUGUUUUUCUUUUGCUUCCUCACACAAGCGAGCAGUGCAUGCAAAAAAUGAAUGCAUAGAGGUAGAUUUUAAUUGGAUUUUCGAUAUUAAUUUAAUGGCAUGUGUUUGUUUUGUAUCAUUUGCGUGGGGAACUCCAUUAUGGGAGCAUUGUUUUGCACAAUAGAAUUUCCGUUUCGGGUCGGCAAAAACUAUUAGUUUGGCGCUUAAAAUAAGCAUUUGAAUAGUUAGAUUUCUUUCAGUACCAUUCGCUUUAAACUUUUAAUAUCGCAAUACCGAUUCGUAACGGUAGGAUACCUUUUUCCAAAGCCCAGUUUAUUUGCACAUGUGCAAUUUGUUCAGCUGGGAUUGCAUUUUGCUGUACCAUUUGUACAAGCCUGACAAACGGCUUCACAAAUACUCAUUACAAAAAAAAACAUUGUUGUUAAAGUAUUUUAUUUACGCAUUUUGGUUUUGUUGGACAAAUUUUUCACAUCCCCUUUUUUUUUAAAUUCCAAAACAAAAUCGACCGAUAUUCAAAGCAUGAGUUUAAAACGUUUCUUGGGGUUUUUUUUCAAUA